CGCGGAGCUGUAGCACUUCCCUCCGCAGGCUAAAACGGGGCGGCGCGGCACAACUCCCCGCUAUAAAAGGCGGCAAGCGCGUCUUUUCGAUCUCUGGGAGACGCUCCACUGCGACGGACUCCCGCCUGGCUGGCUGCGGACGCGACCUCGAGGGCAAACGAAGAUGCGCCCCGCGAAGAGGCUGAGACUCCGGUUCUCCUCGCUGCAGCUGCUGCUGCUGCUUCUAUGGGCCGCCCCGCGACCUUGCGCAGCGGGCGACGAGGAGGACGACGACGACGACGCAGGUCUUCCGGGGCACAAAGACCGUCACUGGAGCUACAAAGACAUGCCAGAGUGGGCAUCCAUGUUCCCCAACUGUGACGGUCACAUGCAGUCUCCCAUCAACAUCAACACAGCUGCUGUCAGCUUCAGCGUCAAGCUGGAGCCCCUGCUCCUGUCUGGCUACGAUUUGCCUCCCGAAGAGACACUUCCCCUGAAGAACAACGGCCACACUGUUCUUCUAGGUCUGCCCAAGAAAAUGACACUCAGUGGGGGUGGCUUCCCCCAGCCGUACCAAGCAGCCCAGCUGCACCUGCAUUGGGGAUCGGGGCACACCUGGCCUGGCUCCGAACACACAGUGGAUGGGCACCGUUAUGCGGGUGAGAUUCAUGUGGUCCAUUAUAGCUCCCGUUUUGAAAGUUUCGAGGAGGCUGCGAGUGAGCCAGGAGGGUUGGCUGUGCUGGCUGCAUUUCUGCAGGUAGGGAUGGAAACAAAUGAACCAUAUCAGCACAUCCUCAAACAUCUGAGUGGUAUCAAGGAGGAAGGAGAGGAAACUGCAGUUGCUGGCUUUGAUGUAGCCAAGCUGCUUCCUUAUGACUUUGACCGCUAUUUCCGCUACAAUGGCUCACUGACCACCCCACCUUGUUAUCAGACGGUGAACUGGACAGUCUUUAAUCAGACAGUUCGGCUCUCCCAGGAACAGAUCUCGAUGCUGGAGGAGACCCUCCAAGGAGACGAUGACGAGCCUAUCCAGAGUAACUUCCGCCUGCUGCAGGACCUUUAUGGCCGGAGCAUCCUUUCGAGUUUUCACACCCUUGAGAAGGUUCAUCCACCUGGUGGAGGGCCUUCGGAAGAGGGAGGGGACCAGGCGGAACCCAAAGCAGGCGGAGUUCUCUCCUCUCCUCUGCCAGAUGGCGCCCCAAGAGAUGGCCUUGACCCGACUUCUGGAAAAGAUGCGGAGAAGCGGGUGGGCAUCUCCCUUCACACAGGGGACAUUCUGGCUAUUCUCUUUGGAUCCCUCUUUGCGGCCACAGCGCUUGCCUUCCUCUUCUUCGUUCACAAGCACCGGAGGCAGGCAAGCAGGGAACAAGCCACAAAGCCUGCUGCCCUCUACACUCUGGCCUCCACUGAUGAGCAUGCACUGUAGCUGAUAGCCCACAGGCCACACUCUGCCCCUCACUCAUGGAGCUCCUUCCUGCCCCAUCCUCUUCAAAGCCCCAUGAGCCUCCCCCUCCUCCCCUGCUAGCAGCUGGGGUGGUGCUCAGGCCAGCCAGAGGAAGAGCAGUUCAAAGACAAGAGGGGCGGCCAUUCCUGAGAAGGCUCCCCUCCGGACUCAUGGAAAAGCGAGGCCACCUGCCUAAAAUGCAGACCACUAUGCUCCUGAGACGCUUCUAGCCAGAAACCUGUGACUUACCUUCAGACUCUCCAGCAGGAAACCACAGGCUGCUCCAACUGUGGCAGCACCUGCCUGGCUGCCAGGAAGCCUUCUUGGCAUAAGGGUUGCCCAUCGGCUUUGUAGAGGGCUGGUGCCACAGAAAGGCAGGGAAGAGACUCUGGGUCAUGUCGCGCUCUCUCUCACACACCCUUCUCGUUGGGAAGCCUCAUUGGCCAAAAGCUGGACUGAUCUGAUUAAUGGCUUCUUUAUGGCCUGCACAAACACAGCAGCCUUGCCCCUCGGCCGACUGACUGUUCUUCGCAAGCUCAUUGCAUGACUGCCGGAUGGCAGUGGCCUGAAACCUGCCAACUCUCAACCUUCACACAUAAUCCAAAUGAAAUCAGAUUCUAAAAAAGA